AGGCGCAUAGGCUUUCUCGCCUUCAGAUAGUUCAAAUAUAUAUACAUACACUGUUUAUUUCCGCGUGACUCGACUCGCUUCUCACUGUCCUGGUGAAACCCCAUAUCGGCGCCCAACUCCUUUUCUUUUUUUACCUCUUCUGGUCGUGCUCGCGCGGUGAAGCUCAAGAAACGCACACGUCCUUUUUGAUAGCUUCUUCAUUUUCUUCUCGUUAUCGUUCUCUCUUUGCAGUUCAUCGAAAAACGCUCGACACACGCAACGCCGACGUCCAUGGCCAGCUUCCUCUCCGUCGCUCCAGACAACGUCCUGGACUCCAUUUUCAUCUUCUGCGACUACGGCGAGCUCUUCGCCAGCAGCCACGUGUGCACCUCCUGGCGGCGUCGCACCGGCAACUCCAUCAUGUGGAGACGCGUCGCCCAAGAAGAUUUGGAUCGUGCUCGCGGUACCGAGUACCAAAUUGUCGCUACACCGGUGCAGAAACGCGCCGGGCUGUCGUCGUCGUUCAACGUGGCCCACCUCUACACCGUGGAGGUGCGAACACGCCGAUGUCAGCGCGAGCAACACGAGAGCGCAGCGUAUGGUGAUGGUGCGGGGCGACACGGCGGCGGGUACGCCUCCCACGGCUACAGCAACAGCAGCAACAGCAGCGGUGCCCGCACCGUGCCGUCCUACGCGCAAAACCUUCAAAUGUACUCGUUUGGCGGAGGGUCAACCUCUGCCAUCGCCGCCUCCGUUGAACGCGUCUACGGUGGCGGUGGCGGUGGUGGUGAGCUGGAGCGCAACCCGUCUUCCACAUGUUUCGCGACGCUGGGCAGUACGGCGAAGGUGCGGCGGGUGUGCAUGCGGUACCUCCAGCCCCUACGCUUCACCGCAGGUGACGCUGUUGCUGCUGCGCUGCUCCGCGCCUCUCGGAACGCAGCCCACGCCGUGGCGUCCUCCGUCGCGGAGGACUCGCACGACGACGCGGCGGAGGGAGAAAAGGCGUUGCCCCUGUGGGAGGACGGCUCGAUUCUUCGCCGCGGCGUGCUGCUGUGUGACCCGCACGACCCGUGCACCUUCUGCUACUACGCCGCCACGCUGCGUCGUCCGUGGUGCACGGUGCUGAUGGACCGCUUUGUGGUCGACGACGCCCUUCUCGUGGACUUCAUCACGCACAACCGCGACGGCGACGGCGGUGGCAACAGCGAAGCAGCCACCUGUAUUGAUCUUGCUUUCCGAGUGGAGGAGCUGCCGGUAGUGCGCAACGACCCACGUGAUCCCUCACACCUGGUCAAGCCUGCGCAGCCUGUGGGCAUACGAAUUGGCGUGAUUGAAGAGUCCCAGCUGGACGCAUACCGUCGCGGGCUGCAGCAGGUGGUCAGCAGCAUGGCGUUCUACUCCCUUUCGGAUGCGCAGAACGCCGACGACGAAAGCGCCACUUCCGCCAGUAAAGAUUCCGACGACUUCUACGGGAAUGACCACCGCGCCAACCCGACUCACAACACUACCGCCUCGCAGGACUACGCUUGGGGUGCGUUGGACGCCGGUCCUACUGGUCGAGGAAUCGCCGGCGGUGGCGGUGUCUCAUGGAGCUACACAGCCCGCGGUGGUCACACCCUGAGCGACGACGUCGACGAUCCCAACUCGGCGGCCGCAGCCGAGGCAGAAGUCGCGGCGUGGCUGCAGGCGAGCGUGCGAGAAGCCACGCAGGCCUCACCGGAUCACAGUGGGGCGGCGAAGACUUCCUACUCUCCCUCUGCAUCGUCAAAGCCGCUGGAGUUUUGGGCACAGGCACCCGACACCCGCGCCCCGACGUCAACGCGGGCACCAACAGCGGCUCCGUACACGAGCCACAGCAGCGCCGCCCACAAGCGAAGCGCAGUGAGCGCGGCCGUGUCAAACGACGACGACGGCGGCGCCUUUGUGCUAGGCGAUACUCCUGGUAGCUUUGGUUACGAUACCGAGGGCGGCUACAUCUCCGAGGCGAGCAGCUACCCUUUGGGUGCCCCGCUGCAGAAGGGGGACGUGGUGCAUCUUCAAUUUUUCCACGAUGAAGACGUCAUUGUGGUGACCCGCAACCGCGAGCGCUUGGGCACCCUUGUCGCCGAUGCCUUCUCGGAGCGGCAGCGGUGGUGUGUAGCCGUAUCACUGCAGAACUGCGGUGUGCGUUUCAUUCCGCCCAGACUGAACUAA